CAUCGCAUUGUUGGCAAGGACUUGUGACGAAGGUACAUGAUCCUUAAUUCUGUGCUGUGUAGUUGUGCGCAAAGAUGAGGAAGACGAGUUUCCACGAGAGUAGCUAUAGGGCGGAGUACUGGGAAAAGCCCACUCGACGCCACACUGUGAGCGUUCCCACCAUCACAAGUGGAGGCACCAGGGAAAUGCCGACCGUUCCAAUGGGGAGGCCCCGACCCCUCCCAUACUCCUCCCAGCUCAUGCAGGGCAUGGAGUUGGGAGGGCUUAGGGGACCCCACAGUACCCCAUCAACAGUACAAGUGGAUUUCCUGAUGCCCAACAGCAUCAUCAUCCAGCACCAUGUCAGCACGAGCGCCACGCUUGCGGAGAUUAAGGAGGAACUGUGGGAACGUGCCAGUGAGUAUCCCCUGUUUGGAACACUGCAUGAGCUCUCAGCUUACCACUUCGCUUGUGUCAGUCAGAGAUCCGAGACCCUUGAGCUCAUGGACGAGACCAAGUGUCUGCAGGAAAUCAAUCCUUUUCUCUGCGUGCUAAAGGUGGUGGAGCGCAAGGGCAAUGAAACCGAGAAGUUACUUAACCUGCAGAUUGGUCAGCUGAUUGGCAAAGAACUUCAGAAGUUUGAUGCCCUCAAGAAUCCAGAGGUUAAUGAAUUUAGAUGGAAGAUGAAGGCUGUUUGUGAUGAGGUUGUGGCAUCAAGAAAUAAACUCACAUGGACUGAACAAGUACAAUAUCAAUACCCAGCACGAAUUGCAGCAAAUGAACAGUUGCCGAACUACAUCUUGGACAGGCUGCAAGACGGACAGCUUUUACUCUCUGUACAGUUUGAUACGGCAAUGCAGGUGCAGUCUACCUUCACUUUCCGGGUCAGACCGGAUAUGAAGACAGUCGAUUUCCUUGACAUGGCACUUGCAAAACUCUCAAUAACAUUUGUGAUAGAAGAAGCUGCAGAAAACUAUGUCCUAAAGACACCUGGAAAGGAAGAGUACCUGAUAGCCGAUGUGCAUUUGUCGCAGUAUAUGUAUAUCCGUGAACACGUGUGCCAAGAUCAGUUUUCGCCAAUUCCCCUAGUCAUUGUUCAUCGAGGAACGAUUCAAGUCGACAUUGAUAACAUCUGUGAAAGGAUUGCUGAUGGAGUUAAGCACAUGAGGAACUCCUUCUCUGGCAUGACACUCAGCAAGAAAAAGAACGUCACCUUCAUUUCAUCGUGGUCCAUUACGGAUCGCUUCAGCUUCCAGAUUGGGACAAUCACCAAACUUAAUCUGGAUUCUGACAACCAGAAGGAGGUGGUAGUGGAAGCUGGCUUGUACCAUGGCAGUAAUGCCUUGUGUGAGACCCAGACUACACAGGAGGUCAGUGUACGGGACGGAGAGGCUGUGAUAGAGGAGACGCUCAGCUUUGGCAUUGAUGUCUGCAACAUUCCCCGAAGCACUCGUCUCUGCUUGGCCAUUUAUGAAGUAACGCGUAGUGCCAAAGCCACAAAAGCAAGAUCGUCUAUUGGCACAAGGCCGGAGCUGUACAAGAAUCCCCUUGCUUGGGUCAACACAGCAGUAUACGACUACCGCAACCAACUGAAAGGAGGAUCUAUGUCGCUUUAUGCAUGGAAGAUCUAUGAAGAUCAGUCAGGAGAUGUGGGCAUGCCAAACCCCCUGGGCACCCUGGUCAGCAACCCAGACCACGAUCAAGCAGUCACGCUGACUGUGUCUUUCACAAAAUACCACCCAACAUCAGCCAUCAUCUUUCCAUCGAGAGACAAGAUCAUAUCUGCGGCAAAGGAGAAUCCAUCCACGGAUGAGAUGGUUCCAACAGUAAGCAAAAUGGAAGAAGUUCGUCAGAUAGCAGAAAGAGACCCAUUAACAGAGCUUCAUGAACAAGAGCGUAAACUAAUCUGGUCAUUGAGGAAUACCUGUCGACAAAAGAUCCCACAUCUUUUGCCAAAACUCCUGCAGUGUGUGGAAUGGGAUAACAAAGCAGAGGUGGCAGAGAUGAUAGCACUAUUGGAGGAGUGGCCCAAACUAUCACCAGACCGAGCGUUGGAGCUUCUAGAUUACGCCUACCCUGAACCCGCUGUUCGAAGUUAUGCCAUAGAGUGCCUAGCACCUAUUAGUGAUGAUGACCUGCUUCUCUACCUGCUGCAAUUAGUUCAAGCUCUGAAGCAUGAAAAUUACCUGUAUUGUCAUCUAGUUGAGUUUCUCCUUAAUAGAGCCCUCAGGAAUAUGCGAAUCGGUCAUUUCUUCUUUUGGCAUCUGCGGUCAGAGAUGCAUGUUCCCUCUGUAUCAAUUCGCUUUGGUCUGAUACUGGAAGCGUACUGCAGGGGGUCUGUGGAACAUAUGAAGAUCUUGCUCAGACAGUUAGAUGCAUUAAAUAAAUUUAAAGAGGUCAGAGGUGUUGUCAACGAAAACCGUUCAGUAAGAGACCGCGCUGAGAGGAUGAUGAAGGAAUACAUGAACCAACCCCAUACUCGCUCCGCCCUGUCGCACUUCCUCAACCCCAUAGAUCCCAUGUACAGAAUCAGUAAUAUCAACUCUGAUGAAUGCAAGUUCAAGGACAGCAAGAUGGCCCCUCUCUGGCUGGUCUUUGAGAAUGGGGACUCGCAUGGCAAGAAGAUCUACCUCCUGUACAAGUACGGAGAUGACCUGCGGCAGGAUAUGUUGACUCUGCAGAUGAUCAAGAUUAUGGACAAGCUAUGGAAGGAUCAUGGGCUUGAUCUCAGAAUGAAUCCAUACAGCUGUAUGUCUACAGACAACCGGGAGGGUAUUAUUCAAGUGGUGCUGAAUGCAGAGACAAUUGCCAAUAUACAGAGGAAAAAGGGAGUAUUCUCAGCCACCUGUGCAUUCAGGAAAGGGUCUUUAUUGGCCUGGUUGAAGGAUCACAACACCACAGAAGCCAUGCUGAACAAGGCCAUUCAGGAGUUCACCCUUUCGUGCGCUGGGUACUGUGUGGCCACAUACGUUCUUGGUGUGGCUGACCGUCAUUCGGACAACAUCAUGAUCAUGAAAAAUGGUCAGCUGUUCCACAUCGACUUCGGUCACAUUCUCGGACACUUCAAGGAGAAGUUUGGCAUCAAGCGAGAGAGGCAGCCGUUUGUCCUGACUCAUGACUUCAUCCACGUGAUCACCAAGGGCAGGACGCGCUCAGAGGAAUUCAUUCAGUUUAAGUUGUACUGUGAGCAGGCCUUCCUAAUCCUGCGACGUUAUGGAUCCUUCAUCAUUUCACUGUUUGCCAUGAUGAUCUCGACUGGCCUGCCUGAGCUACAGAGCGAGAAAGAUCUGGACUACUUAAAGGAAACUCUUAAACUGGACCUGACGGAAACCGAUGCCUUGGAGCACUUCAGAUCUAAGUUUGACGAGGCUUUGUCAAAUUCGUGGAAGACCUCCGUCAACUGGGCCAUCCACUCCAUGGCCAAGAAUAACCGUUGAGAAGGACCUUCCAUUAGGCCUUUCCUAUGUGAAGCUGUUAGAUUUGGCAGGAAGAGUAAAGCUCCCAGAAGGCAGGGUACACAUGUCACAGUACUUAAGAAGCAAAAUGAUUUUUUUGAGUCAAUUUGAUUAGUUGUAGGCAGGACUGGAAUAUUUGUUGAGUUGGUGGAUAAUCAUAGUCUUCAGAUAAUUUUACUUUUAAAAAGUUCCUAUGUUGUAAGUUCAGCUUGCUGUUACUCUCUGGUGUAGUAUAGUGGUGUACCACUUUAUGUACCAUAUAAGAAAUCAGAGCUCUAUAUCAGACUGCACAACCUUACAGAUGACCGGUGAUACCUGCCUGGUGUUUUUAUCAGUCCUGUGACAAAUGCAUGCUAGGGAAUCAUAUUGUAUAUAGCAGUUAUGCUAUGUUCUGUGCAUGAAAUGCAUAUUACAUUAAACUCUUGAUUUCCAUUACUUACCUGAUAUUGGAAGGGGUAAAAUGUGUCAGACAUAAAGGAGUAACAUUUGUAACCUGAAUUUUAUUUUGUUAUUUGUUAAGGUUUCUGAUCCACAUGGUUUUAAAAGCAAUAUUUGGAAUGAUAUAUAAAUGUUUAUAAAACUAACAUGUUACAUGAUAAUGUGCAUGCAUAUGUUGUACAUCUCAGACCAAAGUAAUUGUAUCUUUUCUUUGGUUGAGGCUCACCCUCCUGUAUCACAUCACUUGAAGAUAAGAUUAUGAUAUAGACGAUAAGAGUUAUGCUUAUGUAUGUGAAACAGUCAAAUUAUAUUAAUUCAAAUUUCCUAUGAGACUUUACUGAUUUACCAGUAAGUUGUAAGAUAAGUUCUAUGUCACAAUUUGGUGAAUAGUCUGAGUAAUGUUUGCAUUUCUUGCACGUGUUGUAAGGGUGUCAAAAAGAGCUGUGUAUGGUAUAUCUACUGUAUCACAGCUACUUACAAAUUAGGUUAUAUUGUGUUAUGUAGACCUUGACUUCAGUUCAACAUCAUAUCAGAUGUUACAGAAGUAUGGAAAGCUGUCUGUAGUGACAGUAACUCAUAGUGCUUAUAUUAAAUACCAAAAAAUGUAAUAAUUUCAUAUUCAGGUUGCUAGUGAUAAGAUGUUGGAUUUAAAGAAAAGUCUCCACUUUGACUUUAUUUUAUGACUUUGAGAAUUGUCUAUAGUAUUUCAUAUUUCCAUGCCUACCCAGUACUUACAAAAACUAUGGAGCUAUGAAAGUGUACAUGAAAGGGGAUUAAAAAUCUCUCAUUACCUUGUGUUGGUAAUGAGGAUUGCGCAUUCCCAAGUUCCUUUUUUUUUGUCGUUGUUGUUGUGAUGGCAUUUGGAGAAAUAAGAGCACAAUUGUUAUAAGUCACUGAUGAGUAUGAUUUUGAUGACUGCAGUCUUGGAAGUUUUUUGAUCUCCAUGUCUUGUCUUCCAGCUGGCUUUGAGUACCCCGUUCCUAUUUGCUGUCGCCUCUUACCUAGUACCCUUGUUAUAUUUCUUCCUUUAUUUUUUUCAUAUUUUUCCCUAUUUUCCCUAUGCCAUUAUUCCAUAGUUCAUGGUGUUUUCAUGUUUAUCAAGCAAGUUGCCAACUUUAAAAGGUGUUGAUAUAUUCCAGUCCUGUGUACUCCUUCCCCCCUCCUCCCAUUUCCUGGACAGUGGAGAGUAGAAAGCAAAUAAUGUAAAUACAGUGGAAAUGAUCUGAAAUGUCAGAAAACCUUGUUAAAAAGGUUGUCCUAGUCACUUCUGUUAAACUGUGAUGGUACUUUCCAAUAUUUACAAUGGAACAUUUUAAAUUUUAGUAUAAACACAUAAUGUCAAUUAUGGUACUGCAAACAUUAGUUUCUUUCAACAGUAUUAUCAAAACUUAUAUAAUUACAUAUGUAUACUUACAUCAGUUUAUUAACCCAAGCUCAUUAAGUGAUCUAUGGCAUUAAUCAUAGCUAUCUCAGAUAUUGCCUAUUGUUAUGUUUACAUGUUGGUAGGUUUCGGAACCGGCAUAGUAAUAUUACAUUCUCCGAGCACUGUCUCUGCAGAUGUUGGUCUCUAUAGUUAAAUCAUGGAAAAUAUCACUCAGUAUAAUGUGACUGGUGCCUGAAGACCAGAGUUUAAGAUAUAUAUUGUAAUUAUUUGUUUGUGUUGUUACUUUAUUAUGUUAUU